GGUGCCCAAACCGUUUGGGAUUGAACUUGCGAGAUCACCAGCAUCAUCUUCUUCUCACCGUUACUGGUACCAUAAAGAAUACAGCCAUUCUUUCUAGACGACAGUCUUCUGCCCUUUCCUUCCUGUCUGUAGGGUUCCGAAUUCUCUUCAACUUCAAACCCCGGCGCAUUUGCCGGCUUCCUCGCAAUCCUGACUCUGAGUACCCUUCGAUGUACAGCAUACCGAUAACACCCCUCCGCAGACACAUCAACGGUUUCCCGAGCGCGCUUGUUGCUUAUAAGCUCCCGCCUGCUGGUCCCUUACAGUUAGUCGAUUGGGAUAGUGAAUAUGUCGACGGAAGUCUUACAACUUGGCCUAUCACAACCGUUAUCACAUACCUUAGACAGCGCUUCUCUUCACCGACAUGUCGCUGAGACGCACAUGGCACAACAAAUGGCUCUGCCCAACGCUCACAGCGAUAUGAUAUUGCAAUCAAAUUCUGCUGAGGCGGCAUCAAACGAGCACAUUGACGAAGCCGAGAAACAUGCGGAAGCCCAGCAUGGUCACAUUGAUGAACAGUCGCAUAACGAUGGCAUGAUCAAUAGGCCCCACACAACGUCCUCCAUACCUGGCAUUGGGAUUCCCCACAACAUACCUUCCGAGACAAUGCACGCUCAGGCACACGCCGCAUUGCUUCAUGCUAUAAACACCGCGGUCUUACAGCAUCGCCUCUCUCAGGCCACAAGCGUACUUGCCGCCAACCCAGCAGCCAAUGCGAUCCCACUUCUCUCUGGUCUCACCCUCCCGUCCGCCACCGGCAACCCGUUUCAGACGCAGGCCAAUUCAAAAGUUGCACCUCCGCCCGCGACCUCCAACACGCUCCUUCCCCAACAUUUACCCAUUGCACCAGCGCCACCAUCUUUAACGGGCACACAUCGGGUAUCCCGCAGUCUUUCUCAGGAAGAAAGACGACAGCGUCGAUUGAUGCGAAAUCGAAUUGCUGCGAAAGAAUGUCGGCAGAAGAAAAAAACAUAUGUUAUGGAACUCGAACAAAGAAUCAAGGAGUUAGAGGAUGAGAAUGAUGAUCUUAGACACGAGAAUGAGGAGCUUAAAUCACAACUUCUUUUGAGGGAUGCUGACACUGGAAAACCAAACGGCGUUGUUGAAAGGGAUUCCCUAGAUUUGGGACAUCCUGCUGGGGAAACUGAUGCUGGGAAGGCGCCUUCCGAUAGCCGAACGUGAUUGCGAAAGGGAGAGUGGCAGACGGAACGACACGUACAGCGGACUCGGGGCAAAUUCAGGAAUCUGAUUUCCAACUGAGUUGCAAGAGCAAAUGAUUGUAUAUAAUUGUAGUUAGUUUAUCAACAUGCAGACUGGCUAGGUGUUUUAUCUGGAAGUCGAUGGCGCGUGGUAAUAGCUGUCGCGGAAUGCUACCCAGUAGUCCUUAUAUAUUUACUUUGUGAAACGUAUCGACGCACGUCCGUUCCAUAGCCGUGGACGAGAAAAUGGUAUUCGGAUGGUAGUGAUGAUUGGGGACGGGAUGGUUACCAACGCGGGUUAGGGUUUAUCGCUGUGGCCAAGUGUUUCAUCAAACUGCUGAGCCUGGAUUUUGUGUUUCUCCACCUUCGCCCGCAGAUCUGGGUCGGAUAGUACAGCUGAGGACAGAAGAAUGUCAACCUGUCACUCAUUGAUGUGCAUAGACGUUCGUUCUGAACUUUAUUA